CGGUAACCGUUGAACGAGCUUUGCUCAGUGUGUUUGAUCGAGCAAUCGAUUGUGUUAUUAUAGCCAUACAAAAUUCCAGACUGAAAUCAGACAAAUGAAUCAACAACUAUGGUUGAUCACCAUCAUAACCAUCGCACUGAGAUGUACCAGAGGGGGAGAAUUUGAACUAGUAUUUAAAUGGAAACAACUGGCACAUGACAAUAUGUUACAACCUAAUGUACCUAAAGAUAUCGUCUUCGAUGGAUACUCAUCUCCAAACAAUAGUGUCGAUGAAACGUUCAAUAGCUACAACAACAUCCCCAUGGGAGCAACACACCACAAAGGACGCGUUUUCAUAACCGUUCCCCGGAGACGUCCCGGAGUACCCGCUACCUUAAAUGUGGUUAACAUCAAUAAACAGAAAGGUGGCAUGAGCCCACCCCUCACGGCCUAUCCGGAGUAUAUUAUAAAUCAAUUGCAUAGUGAUUACCAUGCUGACCCCAAGCGCAUCGUUUCCGUUUAUCGUACCACAGUCGACAGAUGCGAUCGAUUGUGGUUCGUCGAUACGGGUAUCCUUGAGUACCCGAACAACACCAUGCAAGUGCAGCGUCCCCAGCUGUGGAUUAUCGGUCUUAACCACGACCGAAAGGUGCGUACCUUCGAGAUACCGGAAUCGAUCGUUCAGCAGGGCGUUGGAAUGGCUAGCCUGGUUGUCGACGUGGACGCCGAGGAUUGUCGGAAAUCGUUCGCCUACAUUCCAGAUCUUGUGCAAGGGGCCAUCUACGUCUACAGCUUCGAGGCCAAUCGGAUGUGGUCCUUCCGCCAUGGCUCAUUUCAACAUGAUCCGGAAAGAACCGCCUUCAACGUUGCCGGUCAACGUUUCAACUGGGACGAUGGAAUAUUCUCGAUCACCGUUGGCAAUCGCGAUCCAGUGACUCGUUCGAAGCCGGUAUACUAUCAUCCCAUGGUUAGUACAUCGGAAUUUAUCACUUUUGCGGAGGUGUUGCAGAAUGAAGCCCUCGCAAAUGCCGGUGGGUAUGAGAAUCUUUUCCACAGAAUCGGCGAUCGUGGUAUUAAUGCUCAAUCCACUAUGCAUCACUACGAUCCGGAAUCGCAAGUGCUCUUCUAUGCUGAGGUAAACCGUAACUUGAUCGGUUGUUGGAAUACACGGACCAACUUCUCGGCAGAAAACCAUGACAUCAUCCAUCACGAUAACGAGCGAUUAAUUUAUCCCACCGAUCUGAGUACGGAUGUGACUGGGGCUAUCUGGGUGCUAUCCAACAAUCUCCCCACAUGGAUCUAUUCCAGGCUGAACGAAAACCGGUACAAUUUCUACCUGUGGCGCCAGACACCACGAAGAGCAAUUGAAGGAACCAAGUGCGCAGCAUCGUUUGAUUGAGGAGAUAAAGAGAUCUGAUACAAUGUAGUUUUUCUGAAUAGAUAACUAAUUUGAUUUGAAAUACAAUUUAGGUACAAACAAAAAACAUCAUUGACGACGUUGAAGCCAUACUGUUAAAAAUAAUUAUUUGAGGACCAUGCAUAAAUGACGUAGCAUUUUAGGAGGUAGGGUUACAGUCUCGAUAUUUAUAGCCUGGCGGAUAGAAUUUCGAUCUAUCAAUCAAGAAGCGGAACCAAUUCAAAAUAUUGGAGACCUAUAUUUGAAAAAGUACCACCAACUUUCCCUACCGCACUGAUGGUCUUGGUUUGCGUAGCUAUUUGACAGCUCAAUUGGUUCCCAAAAUUCAAUCCGUCAGACUAUAAAAAUUGCAACUAUAGGUGGGGUGGGUCUGCAAAAAUUGUGAAAUAAUAGCGAAUUUGUUUUUGAUUCAAUUCCAACCUGGAUCGGGUAUCAAGAUUGGGUCUGUUUGUUGUCUGUUAAAGCGUCAGUGUGAACGUUUGUUUUUGUAACCUGGCUCGGGUUGAGGUUUGCACUGACAAUAAGCACAGGUUCGCACGGGUUGGGACUGGUUCAAAGCUGGAUGAUAAACAAAUUCGCUAUAUGAAUGGAUUACAUCAUGAAAAACUCGUUUAAAUAUUGGUGCUCCGAGACUGACACAGUAGCAUGAGCAUAAUUGACCGCCAGCCGAUAUUGCCAAAUUAACUGUAAUUAGAUCACCAACAAAAAUGAAACCUGGAACUAGCUAUCAUCCUCAAUGUAUAAAAACUGGUGAUCUCAAACAUUAUAAUAGGCAAUAAAAGGUCAAUUAAGGUCAUUGAAGAAACUCGCUUUGUUCGAAGACUCUGCACUUGUACGAAAGAAAGAAAACGACUAACUAAUCAGCGUUGCCAGAC